UAAGAUACGAUACGAUAGUCUUUAUUGUCAUUGUCCUGUACACAACAACGAGAUUGAAAGAAUCUACAACAACCUCUACAGGACCUAACAAGAAAUAGCUAAAUAUAUCCCAAUAUACCACCCCCCAUAUACCCAUUGCCCUAAAAAAACUCUAAAAGAAACACUAAAAAAACUGCCAAAGGCUGGGGAUGAUGGGAGCUGUAGUCCAACAUCUGGGGGCCCAAAGUUGGGAUAUCCUCAUGACAGAGUCUAACUUCUUUGGCAUGCUCCUGUCAGUCACAAAGAGCUCCUCCCCAGAGUUCUGGGAGGGUGGAAGGUAAUCCUAGGAGUCUGAUUGGCAGUUGAUUUAGGGAGUAAGGCUGCCAGCCCUCCAGGAUUGGUCUGGACUGGAGUUUCCGGGAAUUGUCAUCCAUCUCCAGGUGACUCUUGAAAGCAAUCCUAGUUCUUUUAAUGGCUUCAUAUUGUGAAACAAAUUGGGGGUGGGGGUGUCUUUAGAAAUAGGGGGUGUCUUUAGAAAUUGGGUAACAUUGGGUCCCCUCCCCAUAACAGAUCUGAAGGAGCUUUGGGUAACAGCGGGGAGCAUUGGGUGAGCAUUGGCUAACAGGGGACUCAACAGAAUUAUGGCUCUUGGUAAGGAUUGCCAAAUAGGAACCUCCAUAUCCAUAGGCAGUAUAUCUGAGAGGCAGGUGCUGUGAGGGUGCAAGGAAGAGAAGAGCUGUUACCCUGCUUGCCAGCUUCCUAGGGAGGUAUCUGGCUGACUGCUGUUAGAAGCGGAGUGGUCCUUAUUCAUGUAUUAUUAUUAUGGAAAUGAAGUGCACAAGGGUACGUCAGUCCAGUAAUAUUGUAUGCAUGCAAACUGUCCAAAUGUUAUACAAGAUUAAGUCAAUUGAAAAUAAUGUUUUCUGUCAUGUGGCUUCAUUUGCACAGUUUUCAUGCUCACAAUAUUAUUUAUUUAUUCAUGUAUUUAUUUAUUUAAUUACAUUUUAUAUCCCGCUCUUCCUCCAAGGAGCCCAGAGCGGUGUACUACAUACUUAAGUUUCUCCUCACAACAACCCUGUGAAGUAGGUUAGGCUGAGAGAGAAGUGACUCUCAGUGUAUCAUAUUGUAGUGAGUCCUUCAGUUUAACUACUGGCCUAUAAUUGUUUGAACCAUCAUGUGUCCAUUUGUGGGCAAGGAGAGAAUAAGGCCUCUUGAAUUCUGUGUUUUAUUAGCUAUUGUUUAUUGUUCUUUAUUUUAUUUUAAUUUUACAUAUAUAUCCCUCUCUUCCUCCAAGGAGCCCAGAGCAGUGUAUAUGGUUUUGUUUAUCCUCACAGCAACCCUGUAAGUUAGGUUAGGCUGAGGGAGUUGUGACUGGCCCAGAAUCACCCAGUGAGUUUCAUGGCUGAAUGGGGAUUUGAACCCGGCUCUCCCCAGUUCCUGUUCACCACUCUGUCCACUACACCAUGCUACAUGCACCACACUUUAUAGGGUUUCAUAAGUAAAUAGUAGGCAGGUCCCUGCUCCCAAGGUAUUUACAGUCUAAAUGUCAAUUGGAGCGAGGGCAAUAAAGAGGAGGAGAGUUAGAAGCAAGCAGAGAUAAGUUUGUACAUGUGCAGUUCCUGGAAUCACUAAUAGAGCCUCAAGGUUCAGGGGCAGUCUACCCCUGAGCACCAGAUUUAUACCCUACUUAUGGGCUUCCCUGAGGCAUUUGGAAACAGAAUGCUGGGCGCAAUGGAUUUAUAGCAGGUCUGCUCAACUUCGGUCCUCCAGAAGAUGUUGGCCUACAACUCCCAUAAUCCCUUGCUAUUGGCCACUGUGUCGGGGAUUAUGGGAGUUGUAGUCUAAAAACAGAUGGGGGGGCCCUAAGUUCAGCAGGCCUGAUUUUAUUUAUAGUCCUUCCCCCAACCCCCCCCCCGUUGCUUGAUCUCCAUGCCAGAAAAAAGCUUCCCUGCUGAAUGUGCCUAAUGUGAGGCUGUUGAGAGAAAGAGAGACAGACAAGACAGACAGACAGUCUAGUGUGCGGCUGCUACUAACGGCACAGAACAAGCAGAGUCAAGAAUACAUACAAGACAGUGAUCUUCAUAAGAGAUCUACCUACUUGCUGGGCAGCCGAGGGUUAAACUAGCAUCUAAUUGAUUCCUAGAGAGGCAGGAGAAUGUGGAGGACUUAAAGGGGGAGGGGGGGUGUUUGCCCUAGGCUGGUUCUUCCCUAUUAACCCCAUUACAUCCAGGCUCCUGCUCCUCCCCUUCCCCAGAAGCUGGAUUUUGAAUUUCUUAGCAUUGGGAGCUUUGUUGGCAUCUGUUUGAGAGCACCACUGAAAUUGGUAGUCAAGAAUCACCAUCCAAAGAUGAAGAUGGAAGAGGAGCUCCCAGCAGGGCACACACCUGUUGAGUCAUCAGAAAAAUCUGGAAAUGAUCCCCCUGCUGUCCAGGCUGGGACCAAGAUAAAGAGUCUAUCUCUGGUGACACCACAGCAGACUAAACUGGAACCAGAGGAGAGGCAGCUGCAGCACUGGGAAACCCAAUUGCAAGAAUUCCUGAAGGCAAUGGAGACCCCUCACUCUGUGCGGGGAUACACACAGGCUUCUCUUAUUGUGUCUGACAUCCGUCAGGGGCCUGGUAGAAAGGGGGUGGUGAGGCUCCAGCCAACCUUCGGAGAGGGAUGGCAAACAUCCUCUAGGACCCCAAAACCUGCAGGCCAAGAGGGUUGCCUAAAAGUGAAGGAGGAGAUUCCAAGAGAUGGGGCCAUCACCAAUGAAGUUCUGCGCCAGCAUUUUCGGAAUUUCUCUUAUGCGGAGGCCGGGGGGCCGAGAGCAGCUUGCAGCCGCCUCCAGGAACUUUGCCACAGGUGGCUGAAGCCGGAAGGGCGCACCAAGGGGCAGAUGCUGGAGCUGGUGAUCCUGGAGCAGUUCCUCAGCAUUCUGCCCUUGGAGAUCCAGAGCUGGGUGAGGGAAAGUCAGCCAGAGACCUGCAGCCAUGCAGUGGCCAUGGCUGAAGAUUUCCUGCUCAGGCGCAGAGAGGCUGAGAGAGAGGAAACGCAGGUGAGAACUCUGGUGCUUAGAAUGCCGGACUAGGACCAGGGAGACCUGAGUUCAAAUCCCCUUUCAGCCGCAAAUCUCACUGGGAGACUUUGGGCCAGUCUCUUCUCUCUCAGCCCAGCCUACCUCACAGGGUUCUUGUGAAGAU